AUAUAGAACAAUUGAUGGCGGAAGUGCACAUAAUUGGCCAAAUACUGAAAGCUGUUGAUUUCGAGGAGCCACAUUUGUUUUGCAAGUGGAGUUUGCAGAGCGGCAACAUUUGGCGUUUAGUUCAGGGCGAGUUGCAGGGACAAACACCCAUUUCCAGCCAUCGUCUUCAUAACAGCGCCGAUUUUGCCCAGCCUCUGGACGUGCAUUUGUGCACAGCUGGAAUUCAGGGUUGGCCUCGUCUCCUGGUCGAGGUGUACGCCGUCAAUUUUCUGCAGCAGUGCUGGCCAGUUGGAUACGGUGUUGCCCACGUGCCCGCCUCACCCGGACACCAUCGUGUUGAGAUAAACACCUGGAAGAUUGCACCAAACACCUGGUGGCAGAGCAUCAAGGAACGUUUUGGUGGCGGCGGCGUUGCGCUCCACAAAACUGACACACUUUACUCGGGCGUGGAUCGCUACAAGCUACAAACGCGCACCUCUGGCAAAAUCAUUGUCGAGCUUAAUUUGAUCUUCCGCAAAUUUGAGGAAUACGGCGUAGAAUUUAAGUAGUAAUCAUGUUAAAGAGA